UAUCAUUUCAUCGUUUUAUGACGUAGUAAAGUUUGUUGAUGGUCACACAUCCUCUGCUGGAAAGCUUUGAAGGUUCAUGAAUCAUGAUGCCACUGUCAAACAAUGAGAAAUCGGCUCGGCAUCGAGCAAAGGUGAAUGCUGAUCCUGUUGCCAGGGCCAGAUAUCUUGCAAGAAGAAGAGAGAGUUAUCAGCGAAGAAAAAGAGAGGGAAAGACUAAACAUCCUCCAGUAGCUGAACUCUCUAAGGCCAGACAGGAGGAACUGAGGCAGAAAUGGAGACAUUACCAGAGAAGUCGCAGGAGCAAGAUUCGGAAUUUACCACUGCAAUGCUCCUCUCAGGUUGAGAUGAACUCCCAAUGGCUGCAGGAUUUUGCUCCAUACUCUCCCAGCAGUGAAGUUGACUCCAGCUCUGCCACACUGGAGAGUCCUGUGGACAGCUAUAGCUGGAUAAAACAGGAACCAGAGACUGUAGUAAUCAAGUGGGACAAUAUAAACACACUGCCAGCUGCCACUGAGACAGAGCAGGACAACACUCCGAGCAGUGCCACUGCCACCUCCAUGAGACCUCCGAUCAUGGAAGAUUUGCCCAGCAGUGUUAUGCUGACCAUCACUAAACUUCAUUGUCUGGUGGAGAGAAAACAGGAGAAGAUUGAAGCUCUGGAGAAACAGGUGCAUGACCUACAGGAGGAUCGGAGGUUCCUCCGCUCACAGAUCGAGAACCUUACCAGUGCUCUCUCUGUUCAUGUCUGUCGAGGGAUUUCAGAUGAAACAACUGGAAAAUGUUAAUUGGGAAGUGUUUAUGUCAGAGCAUAAACUGUAACUGAAUGGACUCUUUAUGUUCAAACAUUUGUUAUUGUUAUUUUAUUAUUGUUAUUAAUUUAUGUGAAUGAGUUUUAAACAAUUAUGUAUUUUUAUAAAAUAUAUUUUUUAUUGUUAGUAGUAGUAGUUUAGUUUACGCGCACUUGAAAAUGUAUUCACCCUCAUGUCAUUUCAAACCUGUAUGACUUUCUGGGGACCAUAAAAUGUCUUUAUCUUUUGUUGCUAAA